AAAAAAAAAAAAAAAAAAGGAAACACAAAAAAGUGGAAACUUUUUUUCCCUGUCCAUUCCAUCAAGUUCUGAAAAAUCAAAAUGGAUUUAGAGAAAAAUUACCCGACUCCUCGAACCGGCAGGACAGGACAUGGAGGAGUGAAUCAGCUUGGGGGGGUUUUUGUGAAUGGACGGCCACUCCCGGAUGUAGUUCGCCAAAGGAUAGUGGAACUUGCUCAUCAAGGUGUCAGGCCCUGCGACAUCUCCAGGCAGCUUCGGGUCAGCCAUGGUUGUGUCAGCAAAAUUCUUGGCAGGUAUUAUGAGACGGGGAGCAUCAAGCCUGGUGUAAUUGGAGGAUCCAAACCAAAGGUCGCCACACCCAAAGUGGUGGAAAAAAUCGCUGAGUAUAAACGCCAAAAUCCUACCAUGUUUGCCUGGGAGAUCAGGGACCGGCUGCUGGCAGAACGAGUGUGUGACAAUGACACGGUGCCCAGUGUCAGUUCCAUCAACAGGAUCAUCCGGACAAAAGUUCAGCAGCCACCCAAUCAGCCGGUCCCAGCUUCCAGUCACAGUAUAGUGUCCACGGGCUCCGUGACGCAGGUGUCGUCGGUGAGCACGGACUCGGCAGGCUCCUCGUACUCCAUCAGUGGCAUCCUGGGCAUCACGUCCCCCAGCGCGGACACCAACAAGCGCAAAAGAGAUGAAGGUAUUCAAGAGUCUCCAGUGCCGAACGGUCACUCGCUGCCUGGCAGAGAUUUCCUCCGGAAGCAGAUGCGGGGAGACCUGUUCACGCAGCAGCAGCUGGAGGUGCUGGACCGCGUGUUUGAGAGGCAGCACUAUUCGGAUAUCUUCACCACCACGGAGCCCAUCAAGCCUGAGCAGACCACUGAAUAUUCAGCCAUGGCCUCACUCGCUGGAGGACUGGACGACAUGAAGGCCAACCUGACCAGCCCCACCCCCGCUGACAUUGGGAGCAGCGUACCUGGGCCACAGUCCUACCCCAUUGUGACAGGCCGUGACUUGGCGAGCACGACCCUCCCUGGGUACCCUCCACACGUCCCCCCCGCUGGACAGGGCAGCUACUCAGCACCGACGCUGACAGGGAUGGUGCCUGGGAGCGAGUUUUCUGGGAGCCCAUACAGCCACCCUCAGUAUCCCUCGUACAACGACUCCUGGAGGUUCCCCAACCCGGGGCUGCUCGGCUCCCCGUACUAUUACAGCGCUGCCGCACGAGGAGCCGCCCCGCCUGCGGCGGCCACUGCCUAUGACCGCCACUGACCCUCGGAGCCAGGCGGGCGCCAAGCACUUAAAGCACAUAUCACUGAGGGCGAUAGCCUCCCAGCCCCUCUGACGACAGCAAGAGGGGCCCGACGAGACCAUCCCCCAGCCACCCCAAAUCACUGAAACUCCUGCCCCCCCUUUCCUGCCAGGGACUCUGGGGUUCUAGGGUAGGGCUAUUGGACUUCCACACACGUGUCUGUUUCUAAGAGUCAAUCGCGGAGCUUCUCCCAAUGGCAGCUGGGUCUCUGCAAACCAACCGACUGCUCUGCAGUCAACUGCAGCCCCUCCCUGCCCACCAGCCCCCAGCUAUCAGACUGCCUGCCUGUCUUGCCCGCCCCAGGCCUGGGAAAGACAGCUUGCUUUUGUUGCUUCAACAGCACCUAUGUA